CCUUCAAAACCGCCAAUUUCGCUGUAUCCAAGACAUGAGCAAACUCAGUCGCCCCUCUUUGGCAAACUCUUUGCAGCGGAAUUGCGCAUCUUCAUCUAUGAAGCGGUUCUCGGCGAUCUGAUUCGGCCAAUGCAUAUCGUUCCGCAUGACAAUGGUUAUUUUGAGGGUAUUGACAUCCUGUACACUGCAAACCACUUCAGCUUAGAAGGCGCAAGGGGCAUGCUCGAGAUGAGAUCAGUUGUACCGACCCCUCAAUGGCAUAUGAUACGCCAUGUACAUGUCUCAACGUUGUUCUUAACACCGAGGCCAAGUUGGCUGCGGUCAGGUUUCCCUCCAGAGAAUUACAACAAGUGGUCUGACGGUUGCAAGGCUUUGCAGGAGCUCCGUGGUCUCCGCUCUAUACGCUUUGAGUUCAUUGGGAGAGAAGAUGGGCCUGCAGAGGCAGAUGUCGAAUCCCUGGUGUCGGUACUGGAGCCGCUCAAGGACAUUAAAGCCCCAUCAUUCGAGGUUGAGAUGAAUUUUCCCAUUCCUGAUCCUGUUCAGGCUAUACUCGGAGACACAAAUUUCACGCUCAGGUUUCAACAAAGACCCUGCAGGAAGCCUCAUGCUCGUUUCUAG